UCGCCGGCGCUGCGCUCUGAUCAACCGAGCAUCCACCGCGCCUCCAAAUUGGUUUGUCAUUUCUGACCCCUCUCUCUCUCUCUCUCGCUCGCGCGCGCGCGCGCGCGCCCUCGCUCGCUCGCUCGCGCGCCCUCUCUCCCAGUUGACCACGGUCCUCUGCGCUCUGCGUCUGCAGACUUGGAUUGAAGUCAGUAAGAACAUAAAGCAAGAAGCAGAUAAAGCGAGGGAAAGGGAGGGAGGUCAGAAGGGAUGCAGACAGACGGAUAGAGAGAGAGAGAGAGAGAGAGAGAGAGAGAGAGAGAGAGAGAGAGAGCCUAUAGCCCUCUGUCGUCCUCCUGCACUACUCUGGACUUGUGCGUUUGGACAGACGCGAUACCUCCUCUCCUCCCGUGUGAGUGCUGAUCAGGAUACUAAGCGCGCAGCUAUUGGCUUAUUAGAACCUCUGCUUUCCUUCCAUCCUCUCUUUCGGCAACAUUGGCCCACGUCAUUUUUUUUUUGCGGCAGUGAGAAUUAACCGCGGAGCCUGAGUGGAGGCGCCAAUCAGCGAAAUUAUUUAUCGACCGGGAAGAUAUAUUCUACCCAAGAUCCGCGAUCUGGGGACUGUAUGAAAAGAGCGCAGGAAAGGCUUAUUCCCGACUCGUCUCUGCGCUGGAUGUGUACACAUGCGCCCGGAUCGUCGCGACUGGUGAGACGGGCCGCUAGGACUGGGAUGUCCGGCUGCUGUUGAGAUGUGAACAUCUGGGGCUUCAUUCCACUUUGACCACACAAAGAAGACUAUAACAGGACCAUAUGGUGUCAGGAAGACUGAGGCGUCUGGGUUCAGCAGGAAGUCCCUCCACAUCUGCUUCCAGGUCAAACUCAGACGUCAUGUGGAUCAGAUGCCUGCUCUUUGUCUCAACCCUGGUCGCUGCCAUCGCUGUUGCCCACGGCCGAGCCCCCAUCCCCAUGGCGGUGGUGCGCAGGGAGCUGUCCUGCGAGUCCUACCCCAUCGAGCUGCGCUGCCCGGGCACCGACGUCAUCAUGAUCGAGAGCGCCAACUACGGCCGCACCGACGACAAGAUCUGCGACUCGGACCCGGCGCAGAUGGAGAACACGCGCUGCUACCUGCCCGACGCCUACAAGAUCAUGUCGCUCAGGUGCAACAACCGGACCCAGUGCGCGGUGGUGGCCGGGCCCGACGUCUUCCCUGACCCGUGCCCCGGAACGUACAAGUACCUGGAGGUCCAGUAUGAGUGUGUCCCUUACAUGCAGCAUAAAUCACUCACAGAAGUGGAACAAAAAGUGUUCCUGUGUCCCGGCAUUCUGCGAGGAGUGUACCAAAGCGAGCACCUCUUUGAGUCGGACCACCAGUCGGGAGCGUGGUGCAAAGACCCACUCCAGGCCUCGGAGAAGAUCUACUACAUGCCCUGGACGCCCUAUCGCACGGAUACGCUGACCGAGUACUCGUCCAAGGAGGACUUCAUCGCGGGCCGACCCACCACCACCUACAAACUGCCGCAUCGCGUGGACGGGACGGGCUUCGUGGUGUACGACGGCGCCCUCUUCUUCAACAAGGAGCGCACGCGCAACAUCGUGAAGUUCGACCUACGCACGCGCAUCAAGAGCGGCGAGGCCAUCAUCGCCAACGCCAACUACCACGACACGUCGCCGUACCGGUGGGGGGGCAAGUCGGACAUCGACCUGGCGGUGGACGAGAACGGGCUGUGGGUGAUCUACGCCACGGAGCAGAACAACGGGCGCAUCGUGGUGAGCCAGCUCAACCCCUACACGCUGCGCAUCGAAGGCUCCUGGGACACCAGCUACGACAAGCGCUCCGCCUCCAACGCCUUCAUGAUCUGCGGCGUCCUGUACGUGGUCAAGACCGUGUACGAGGACGACGACAACGAGGGCACCGGGAACAAGAUCGACUACAUGUACAACACGGACAAGAGCAAGGAGAUGACGGUGAACAUACCCUUUCCCAAUUCCUACCAGUACAUCGCUGCGGUGGAUUACAACCCCAGAGACAACCUGCUGUAUGUGUGGAAUAACUACCACGUGGUCAAGUACUCGCUGGACUUUGGCAACAAUGACUUUCGCCUCCCUCCCAUGCUCCCCCCCAGCCGAGGAGGGGGAGGGGGUCCGAUCGGCGGGGGCGGCGGCUCCUCGUCUUCGUCCACCGUCCGCACCACCACCCGCUCGCCGCCCUACUUCACCACCCCCCGGCCCCUCCUCACCACCUCCCCGGGCCAGCGGUACCGGACCACCACCACCGUGCGCCAGCCCGCGCUGGUUCCCGCCAGCGGCUCGUCGUCCGACACCAACCAGAUCCCGGACACCAACCAGAAGGCCGGGGGGCGGCUGCCGCCGGUGCAGGUCCCGCCGGUGGCGCCGCCGCAGCCGCCCGCCAUGCCUCCGCAGGAGUUCUGCAGCCCCAAGGUGACAGCCGACAUAUCGUGGCCCCGGACGCAGCAAGGGCAGACGGCGAAGCAGCCCUGCCCUGUGGGGACGCUGGGCGUGGCCACGCACGUGUGCGUGUCCCACCUCGGCCACUGGGAUCCGCAAGGCCCCGACCUCAGCAACUGCACGUCGCCCUGGGUCAACCACAUCAUGCAGAAACUCCGCUCGGGCGAGACGGCGGCCAUUGUGGCCAGGGAGCUGGCAGAGCAGACCAAAGGGCCUCUGCGGCCUGGCGACGUUCCAUCCACAGUGCGUGCCAUGGCCCAGCUGGUGGAACUUCUGGACGUCCAGCUCAGGAACCUCACGCCCGGGGGCAAGGACAGCGCUGCCCGCAGCCUCACCAAGCUUCAGAAGAGAGAAAGGUCGUGCAGGUUUUUCACGCAGGCCAUGGUGGAGACGGUGAACAACCUGCUGCAGCAGCGCGCCCAGGCGGCGUGGAGGGAGCUCCCCACCAGCGAGCAGCUGCACUCGGCCACGCUGCUCCUCGACACCGUGGAGACGGGGGCGUUCAUGCUGGCCGACAACCUCCUCAAGACCGACACGGUGCAGGAGAGCGCCGACAACAUCCAACUGGAGGUGGCCAGGCUCAGCACGGACGGGAACCUGGCGGACCUGGCGUUCCCUCAGUCGGAGCUUCACGGGAACUCCAUCCAGCUGUCCGCUAGCACGCUCAAGCAGCACGGCAGGAACGGUGAGAUCAGAAUGGCCUUCGUGCUGUACAGGAACCUGGGCUCCUACCUGUCCACCGAGAACGCCAGCGUGAGGCUGGCCGGCGACACUGUCUACCCCAACUACUCCGUCAUCGUCAACUCCCCGGUCAUCACGGCCUCCAUUAACAAAGAGAGCAACAAGGUGUACCUGUCUGAGCCUGUGGUCUUCACUGUCAAACACCUGCAGGAGCAUUCGGAAGAGAACUUCAAUCCCAACUGUUCGUUCUGGAGCUACUCCAAGCGCACCAUGACGGGAUUCUGGUCCACUCAGGACUGUCGUCUGCUGGCCACCAACCGCACACACACCAGCUGCUCCUGCACGCACCUCACCAGCUUCGCGGUGCUCAUGGCCCAUGUGGAGGUCAAGAAGACCGGCAGCAUGCACGACCUGCUGCUGGACGUCAUCACGUGGGUGGGCAUCCUGCUGUCGCUGGUCUGCCUGCUCAUCUGCAUCUUCACCUUCUGCUUCUUCCGCGGGCUGCAGAGCGACCGCAAUACCAUCCACAAGAACCUCUGCAUCAGCCUCUUCAUCGCCGAGUCCCUGUUCCUGGUCGGGAUAAACAGGGCCGAUCAGCCAAUUGCCUGCGCUGUCUUCGCGGCCUUGCUCCAUUUCUUCUUCUUGGCAGCCUUCACCUGGAUGUUCCUGGAAGGGGUGCAGCUCUACAUCAUGCUGGUCGAGGUGUUCGAGAGCGAACACUCCAGGACUAAGUACUUCUACCUGGCAGGAUACGGAGUGCCUGCUGUCAUAGUGGCCGUGUCCGCCGCGGUGGACUACAGGAGCUACGGCACUGACCGAGUGUGCUGGCUGCGACUGGAUACGUACUUCAUCUGGAGCUUUAUAGGCCCUGCGACGCUCAUCAUCAUGCUCAACGUCAUCUUCCUGGGCAUCGCCCUGUAUAAGAUGUUCCAUCACACGGCCAUUCUCAAGCCGGACUCCGGGUGCCUGGACAACAUCAAGUCCUGGGUGAUCGGGGCCAUCGCUCUGCUGUGCCUGCUGGGCCUGACGUGGGCAUUCGGCCUCAUGUACAUAAACGAGAGCACGGUGAUCAUGGCCUACCUCUUCACCAUCUUCAACUCGCUGCAGGGCAUGUUCAUCUUCAUCUUCCACUGCAUACUACAGAAGAAGGUCCGCAAAGAGUACGGCAAGUGCCUGCGCACGCACUGCUGCAGCGGCAAGAGCGUGGAGACGUCCAUCUCCUCGUCCAGUAAGACCACCACCUCGCGGACCCCGGGCCGCUACUCCACGGGCUCACAGGUGAGCUUACCUGCCUGCACACCUGGACGCUACAGCACGGCCGAUUCGCAGAGUCGUAUCAGGAGGAUGUGGAAUGACACUGUGAGGAAACAGGAGUCCUCCUUCAUCACUGGAGACAUCAACAGCUCUGCCACGCUCAACAGAGGAGCCAUGGCUAAUCAUCUUAUAACUAAUGCUCUCCUUCGUCCCCAUGGUACUAACAAUCCUUAUAACACUCUCCUGGGGGACUCUGCAGUCUAUAACAACCCAGCCGUGGGCAUGUACAACACCCAAGCACCUUACCGAGACACAAAGGGCAUCCUGAACAACGCAAGGGACUCCAGUGUUAUGGAUACGCUGCCUCUUAAUGGUAACCAUGCCAACAACUACAGCAUGGCCAGCAGCGAGUACUUGAGCGACUGCGUCCAGAUUCUGGACCGGAGCGGCGGCUACGGCACGCACGGCAACCACAAGGAGACCACCCUGGAGAAGAAGAUCCUCAAAGAGCUGACCUCCAACUACAUCCCCUCGUACCUCAACAACCACGAGAGGGCCACCACCGAGCGCAACCACAACCUGAUGAACAAGCUGGUGAACAGCAGCAUGGCCAACGGAGGCAGCAUGGCGGGAGGCAGCAGCAGCAGCAGCAGCAGCGGCGUCGGCGGCUGCGUGGGCAGCGGCAAAGAGGACAACGGCCCCAUGGCGAUGGACAACCCGGCGGCCUUCCCCCACGAGGAGAACCUGGGCCUGGAGAUUAUCAGGGAGGAGUCCAACGCGCCGCUCCUGCCUCCGCGGCCCCCCCCUCCGGACAGCCACCCGCCGCCCCCGCCCCCUCCCCACAGCUUCUCCCGGCCGCGGCACAUACCCCAGGAAACCAGCGAGAGCUUCUUCCCCCUGCUGACCAACGAGCACACCAACGAGCACACGCACUCGCCCAGCCACAGAGACUCGCUCUACACCAGCAUGCCGGUGCUGACGGACCUCCCCGACGGCCAGAUGAACGGCUUGACGGACGGCGAGGAGGACAGCUCCGGGGAGCUGCAGCCGUGCAAGAGCGCCACCGCGCCGGAGCUGGAUGAUGUCUAUUAUAAGAGCAUGCCAAACCUGGGCUCCAGGAAUCACCUCCACGAGCUACAAAGCUACUACCACAUGGGCCGCGGUGGCAGCGACGGGUACAUGGUGUCCGGGAGCAAGGAGGAGUCCGAUUCGUCGCCCGAGGAGCCGCCGGUAGACCCCUCCCACCUGGUUACCAGUCUAUAGAGCCGAACGAGAGACUCCUGUCCCUCCCCAAACCACUGUCACACUUCCAACCUUCCAGUUAAGACAUUCUGUGUUGCUGACUGACAGACUGAGCUGGCCCAGCCCCGGACCGGACCGGCUCCUGACUAAAUGGCUGAGAUGCGGCUGGUGAAAAGCAGGCUGAAUGUAUUGUCCUAAAUGGUGCAGAUACUGUAGAAAGGAUCCGAGGGACGUUUUUGUGAACAUUACCCAGAAACGGAGCGUUUAACAUGGAAAGGAAAGGAAAAGGGAGGGAUUCUGUAAUUUUACCCCACCUGUUACUUUAAUUUGAAACCUUGGACUGACUGUAGCCCUACACGUCCCCCAACAUGGACCUCUAGCAGAUCAUAGCAUAUAGUCCACCCCCACCACUCCGUGGGCGUGGCCCAGCCCUGGCUAAAGGAGCUGCCUUCUGUUUGUCUGUAUGUCUGUCUCUGUUUCACUCUCAAAGACACACCGGGAUGACGGGUCCCGCCCCGCCACCUGCCAAUCAAGUGGAGGAUGUAUAAUAGACUGAACCACUGACCAUCCUAAAACUGUACCGGGCAUCUGGACAGCGACCACAUCGUGCUGAUGCCCUGAGUUCUCUUCCUGUUUGUACCUGCUAAACCGGAGCUGUUUCUGGGUGGUGUAACAUUCCCGCGAGUCGUAGUGACUGCAGCUACUGUGUAUUUCACCGGAAAACAAAGGCGGACGAUCAUAUUACAACAAAACUGAACUAAAAGAGAAAAAGUUUUUUCUUUUGCUUCUUCUCCUUUGUUCUGUAAACGUUUUCAGUUCUGAAAGGAUUAUAAAGAAAUCACACACACUUUCUAUGUAUUGUACAGAAUACAAAUACAAAUGUUGCAUAUGACCAAGUCUUUUAUUUUACAACUUUUACGUUGCAAAACUUUUGUCUGUGGACCUGUUCUGAUCCGUCAUGAUGUGUUCUGGUCACGCGUAGACCACAGCGAGAGCAAGGAACAAUCUCAUAUCACUCUUUGAUAAACUCGACAGUUGAGCACUCCUUGAUUGAUAGACACGCACCCUGCACACAUUUUACUCUGGUCCUUUUUAUAGCAACACCGCUGUCAUCUACGCUCGGCAGAGCAACUGUUAUUAUUAAGAGCUCAACGGGGGAAAGUGCUGCUUCUAAUGGUCUGGUCGCCUCAUUCUUUGGUGAAAGAAGCACUUCCUGUCUUUAGGCCCGGCGAGGAGCGUCGGUGAGAUGCGACAUGACCGUGCUGUGCUGGUUGAGAUUUUGCUGUACAGAGCGGAACGAAUAACAAAUGUCAUUCUCCAAAACCUAAAGAACAGAGUCCCACUGUCUCCGCUGGGGGAAGUGUGGGUCGCGCCUGCAAAAGCGCCAGGAUCGCGUGCGCGGCGGAGACGCAGCAGCGCUGUGCGGCGCUCAUUUACAGUAGGCGUUGGAUUUCAUAAGUGUAUGAAGUGUAGCUUGCACAUGUAUCCCACAAGCCCCCUCCAUGUCCCCGAGAGAGAAAAUACUUAUUUAUCUGUUUAUUGGUUUAAAGGCGGCGAAACGAGCUCAGAGGAAAGAAAGAUGGCUUCAGGCGGCAGCAAACAAAGCGGCCCUGGGAUUGUUUUUUUGUUUAUUUUGUUUAAAUUAUUAUGAUCAUGAUUAUUACAAUAUUAUUGCUAAUUAUUUAUUCUUUUUGUAUGGGUUCCAAGUUGAAUGAUCUCAUAACUAAUAUUUGUUGUAACAGUGAAAGUUGUUUGCCAACAAAUAAAUUACUGACAUAG